AUGCCUGAGCCCCUGGAAUCCGAUCCUCCCCUUGUUGACAAAGACGACCCAGAGUCUCUUUCACCAGCUGCGCUUCGUCUUGCGGACGACAAACCUCAUGAGUUUAUUGAUUACCUUCAUCGCGUCUGGGACACAAACAGAGAGCAAUUCCGUGACUCGGCUAAGCUUCUAUAUCAACUGAGACAGGUCAAGGUCCCUUGUCACGACGGACGUCUUCAUCCUAUUUCCAAGACAUGGAUUCGUACAACAAACUUCAUGAGAAUUUGCUCUAAUUUCCUUUUGCCUGAGGAACCAUUCCGUUUCGUUAUUCUUAACGACCAGGACUUCAAAGACGAGGAUAGUUCCUCGUGGAGCUUCCUCUGGGAGAUCGGUUGCCAAUACGAACUCGGCGAUCAGUUCCUCGCUGAUCUUUUACUUACUAUCAAGGAAGCAUCGCCGACAAAUGUCAAAGAUCCAGGACGUGUCUUCGGGAUUUACGCCUGCUUCCGUCUUCGCUCGAUGUACGACAGGCCCUACAACAGGAUCCACUACAAGUUUCUAUCUGACGAUGAAAAUCGGCACAAUUUCAACGCUGGCGAACUCCUCCUCCACAAGGGCAAAUGGAUAAAGCCCAGUUCAUGCUUUAACCGUGCGCCAGAAUACGUGCGGUCAAAGAUAGUCCUCAGGCCCGUGUCAGCUGGAACUGACGCAAGCUCCUCUGAACCACUAGCGAAGAAUGAUUUCUAUCAACUGGUUCUCGGCAUUCCGGACUUUCCUAACGUCUGGCAUAGCAUCUUUUAUGGACUGAAUGCUCUCCAGAAGUCGACUGGUCAAACGUCCAUUCAACCAAUGGCUGAACUUUAUCGUGCCUUGAAUGAGAGUCUUGAAACCCGAACUUUACCGCAAAGUGAGAGACAGCUACGUGAGCAAGAGAGAACCGCCAUGCCGAGACUAUUCCAACAGUUAAACAUGAUCGCCGUUCCGCAGGGUAGUGUCAUCAAGUGGCAAACCCAGCUCACAUGUAUUUGGUCGCCGCUCAUGAAAAUCAGAAACUUGACCGAGUUGAGUAGACUAUAUCCAGAUCUCAAAAAUUUCUUCGUAGGCCUCCUCGGGGUUGAAGAAGCAACAGAAAAAACCGUUUUGUCACGCAUGUCUGACGAUACACCUGAGUUCGAGAUGCGAGACCUUUUUAGUCUUCUCAACUGCCUGAUCAAGACGUCCGAAAUAUCGAUUAAGCCCGACGAAAUUUUGCCCCGGCGAGUUUUUCUUGGCAAACGGAACGGCAAAAAUCAUCGCUUUGUUGGCACGGAAGAGUUCUUUAUUCCCGACGAUCAGGAGUUCGCGACAACCUUCAAGGACGAUCUUCCUCUCCUCGAUGUUACUGCCGAGGAGAUCGCGAUUCUCAAUCCACUGUUCACAUGGCUGGGCUUCCAAGAUCGCUAUUUGUCGAACCAUGUCCGCCACAGGUGCAUUUGGUGUCCAAGAGCAAAGCAACAGAAGCUUGAAUGGGACGUGGUUGAGAGGGCGGAAGGCAUUCUUCGAAUCGCCAUGCAUUGCGGCAGCCCCCGAACGACAACAAACCGGGACAAAGUGGCACUUAUAAAUAUCUUGAGAGACGCUGAAGUGCUUGCUGUCGAAGGCAUACAGUCUGAAAAAGUGCUGCUUACGCGUGGAAAAACUUCCAGGUGCCUGGGCACUGGGCCCCAUCGCCAUCGCGGAUUUGCUGCUCCGAGCACACACCCAAAGCUUUUUAUUCCUUCUCAUGACGCAAACCGUCCCGUGCGCAAGCUCGUCAUUUACGUCUCACCUGACAAGGAAGAACGAGAGCUAGCAGUCGUCAGGGCACUCCCGCAGCGGUUGAUGCAAUGGCUUAUGGCAGAUCCGAAAACUCUGACAUGGGGAGACCUCCCUGAGCGCGGCGUGAGCCUCCUGAAGAAGGUGCUGGCUGCUCCACCAAAUGCUAUUGAUGCCUUACUCACAAGGGAGGUAGUUAAAGGCAUCCAAAUCAGGAUGGCCAAUCGAACAAAGUUACAUCAAGAGGCUACACCCCAGAACACAACAUCAAAUGAGCCUGCUCAUCAGCCAUCCCUGCCUAGGCAUGAUUCCAACCCGUCCUCGGGCGUACUACUUGACUUUUCAGCUCACCAAAACGGAUUCGCGAACGCGCCACUAGCCAGUUCCCUUACAGAAACAUUGGAGAAAGUGGCGCUGGCGAGCAGAUUCAUAUUCAGCCAACAACCGAAAUCAGUAGCAGGCCCCGGCAGCACAAUGGUGUCACAACAGGCGACGCCCCAAGCAAACCAGCAUGAGUCAACCUCGGGGAGACAAACAGAAUCCCCCUCCCGGGACAUGAAGAUGCCAUUGAAGGACGAGCCAGUUCCUAGCGGGGAUGAGGACGAAUACACACCCCGAUACGCGUCUAUAAGCGAACGGCCUAAACUCACACCCAUGUCGCGAAAGCGGUCUCGCUCGCCAUCAUCCAACUCACCAUCGUCUUCUCACUUGUCUCAGAUCCCAGAUGAUGUGAUUCGUGGAAUAGAGAGACUGAGAAUUGCAGACACAUCUGAGGUGACUCUUCAGUCGCCCAAACUCAUCUCGGUAGCGUAG